CUGAGACCGGACUCUAAAUAAGACACUUUUAGGCGACCAAAAUGUUACAAUUAACUUUCAAACCGUGAAAGAGUUAAAGUCGUAAGACUAACACCGUGGUGACGACCUGAAUCACGAGGACGCACACCAGGCCGAGCUGCAGCAUCCCUCACUAUGACUAAAGAGGAGAACCUGGAGGUGCAGGAGAAGGAGAGGCACGACCGGGAGGAGCAGGAGGAGGGGAGGGUCCAGAAAGAGGAGGAGGAGGCGCUGACCGAGGAGGAGGAAGAAGAAGAAGAGGAGUAUGAGCUAGAAGAGGAGAGAGAGGGUCAGGAGAGGGUGGAGGAUGAAGAGGAGGAUGAGCAGGAGGAGGAGCAGGGGGAGAGAGAGGAGCGGGAGGAAGAGGACGUUCCACUGGCCAGCCAGGAGCGUGACGCUGAGCCGGAGCCCGAGCCGCUGUCAGUGUCCGAGUACCAGAGUCCGGUUCACGAGCCUCGCCGUCGAGCCAUGGUGCACGCCUCCGCCCAGGCACCGCUGCCCAAAGACUACACCUUCACCUUCUUCGACCCCAACGACCCGGCCUGUUUGGAGAUCCUCAUGGAUCCUCAGACCACCAUCCCGGAGCUGUUCGCCAUCGUGCGUCAGUGGGUUCCUCAGGUGCAGCACAAGAUCGACAUCAUCGGCAACGAGAUCCUGAAGCGCGGUUGCCAUGUGAACGACCGCGAUGGUUUGACGGACAUGACGCUUCUCCACUACUGCUGUAAGGCCGGAGCUCAUGGAGUUGGCGACCCGGCGGCCGCGCUGCGUCUCAGCAGCCAGCUGAUCACUCUGGGCGCCGACGUGAGUCUGAGGAGCCGCUGGACCAACAUGAACGCGCUGCACUACGCCGCCUACUUCGACGUGCCAGAGCUGAUCCGAGUCCUGCUCAAAGCCUCCAAACCCAGAGUGUUGAACUCCACCUGCAAUGAUUUCCACUAUGGCACAGCUCUCCACAUCGCCGCCUCCAACCUCUGCCUGGGUGCAGUCAAAUGUCUGCUGGAGCACGGAGCCAACCCCAUCGUCCGGAACGAUAAGGGCCAGGUUCCAGGCGAGGUGGUUCCCGACCCGGUGGACAUGAGUCUGGACAAGGCGGAGGCCGCCAUGGUGGCCAAAGAGCUGAAGCAGCUGCUGCUGGAUGCCGUCCCGCUGAGCUGCAACCUGCCCAGAGCCACGCUGCUCAACUACGACAACGUCCCGGGAAACCUGAUGCUGACCUCGCUGGGGCUAAAGCUCGGGGAGCGCGUGAUGCUGGAGGACAUGAAGCUCCAGAGAGACCUGAGCAGAGACGACAGCCCGGCUGCAAACCUCAGACAGUCCGGCACGCUGAGGUUUUGUGGCACUACAGAGUUCGCCAGCGGUCAGUGGGUCGGCGUGGAGCUCGACGAGCCGGAGGGGAAGAACGACGGCAGCGUGGGCGGAGUGCGCUACUUCAUCUGCCCCCCGAAACUGGGGAUCUUUGCUCCAGUGUCAAAGAUUUCUAAAGCUGUAGAGCAGGCACCUUCAUCGGUCACCUCCACCCCACGGACCCCCCGCAUGGACCUGGCCUCCCGCCUCGCCGGAAAGACCAAGAAGGAGAAAGUGAAGAAGGAGAAGGAGAGAGAGAAAGGUAAAGCCCAGAAGAAGAAGAAGUCAUCAGUAGCCAGUCUGGACCCGGAGGGACUGAACGUGGAGGUUGGAGAUCAGGUUCUGGUGGCCGGACAGAAACACGGCAUCGUCCGCUUCUACGGCAAGACGGACUUCGCUCCAGGUUACUGGUUUGGUGUGGAGUUGGACCAGGCGACAGGAAAACACGACGGCUCGGUCUUUGGAGUCCGUUACUUCAGCUGCCUGCCUAAAUAUGGAGUGUUUGCUCCGCCCUCUCGCGUCCAGAGGAUCGGAGGCCCUAAAGACGGCUCGCAGAAUGAAAUCUCUCUGGUGAAGAAAGUCCACCAGGUCUCCAUGUCGCAGCCGAAGCGUAACUUCAACACGAUGCGUUCUCCUAAAGACCUGACCUCCGAGAACUCCAUAUCCAGGUUGCUGUUCUGCUGUUGGUUUCCGUGGAUGCUGCGUGCUGAUAUGCAGUCCUAACCACGCCCUCCUUCAUCAUCCACCAGACCAAUCUCUCCGCUCUUCUCUCUCUUCAUCUUCAACUUCUUUGCGUCUUCAGACGUUCACUGUCGUCCGUCAGACUUCUCGUAGUGAGACCUUCUUCUCUCUCACCCUCAGCCCAAAUCCCUCUGAUUUAGCCGUUCUAUAGCAAAAUCUAUAGUGCCUUGUCUCUGAUCAUGUCCUGCGUUCCUUUGAUGAAACUGAGCUAAAGCAAUCCCCCUAAAAUAUUCUCUUUACACGUCUUCUCAUUCAGUGUCAUCACAUCCUGGCUUCUUCCAUGUUGUGUCUUUAUUUGAACCUCGGUUUGUGCCGCUGCAUGUUAUGUUUUUGCUGUUCCUCGAUUUGGGUCUCACCAAAUGUAGCUCACAGACGUAUGCAUACGUGUUAUAUACUCUGCAUAACAACAAUAAUGACGUUUGCCAAACAAAAGCCUGAAGGGGUUCAUCAAACACCUGCUUUGAAUGAUAUCAGCCCAUUAAGUAGUCGUUAUCGGUGGUAAAGAUGGGUUAGAAGGGACCUGCUACACCUGCUCGUAGGUUCAGAACGCCGUUAUCAUUUAUUCACACGAUUGCUCAGCGAUUUAGGAGGUCGGGUCUAUAGAACGAUAAAGUGUUGAAAUCGGCAGGAGGAGAGCUAGGUAAUGUUAGCUGUUAGGUGUUAGCAGCCGGUGGACGUCCCAUAGAGUCGCACUAUGGUGCGUUCAGGUAAAUAAUAACGUUAUUAUGAUGUGUUAAAAUGUAGUGUUGUAAAACAUAGUUUUUAGUGAGGAACUUAAUAAAUACAAUUUUCACAACAAUAUACAAUAGAGGGAAUUAGGAACAAAAUCCAGUAUACAAACUGUGGAAUUGUGGAAAUUCCCUGGUAUUGGUAUCGACUAGUACAUUUCUGGUAUCGUGACAUCCCUAGACGUAGCCUACGUAAGAAAAGUAACGUAGGCAUACUUAUUUUAACCCAAACUAUGAUCUUUUUUUUUACAUCUAUUUACAUAGUUUUGUAGCCUAAACCUAACGAAACUGAAAGUGAAACCUAACGUAACUGCGACCCAUUCUUAACGUGUGAUACCUCCUGGCAUGCUGGUACGUGCAGUUUGCCCCUAACGGCCGUUUAAUUGCCUGAUAACAUUCGAAACAAGUGCAUAAAACUGGGCUUCCAUGACAGUUGUGAGAGAGCCACUGGAAGCCUAAACGUGUGAGUAUCUGCAGCGCUUGAAACUGCAUCUCACACUUGUGUCACGUUGAGAAUUUCAAGACAGUGAAAUUGGUUUCUGCAUACCUCGGUAGAAAAUGCUUCAGGUCCGGCUGCUGCUUCCUCGCUCCUCACCUGAGACCAAGAACUCGAUCCUGAAAACCUUAAUAACUCCAGACUGUGUGUGACGUGACUUUCAUCACCUGCAUGCUUUAAUCUCAGAUGUCAAACUGAAAACAGGGUUUAUCAUAGUGUUACUCAUAUCUUGUUAUCUUCUUGAUGUGUUAGACAGAAAUAAUGUAACCGUUGUUCUUGGUAUCUAUUACAUAUCUCUGUCACAUACAGGGAAUGAGGCUCUGCAGUAAAUGUGGAUGCUAAUAAUCUAUUACAGCAAGUUGAAUUUGAUGUUUCUUUCACAACAAAUUGGAACAAACUUCAACUUUUUGCUUCAUCACUUCAAAAACCUUCUGUUAAUUUAGUCGUUAAUAGAUGAAGUAUUGUCGUUCAUUAUAGUCAUAUAGUCUUUCAUUAUUAAUCAGUGUAUUGCCAAAUAGAAACAUUAGUCCAUCUACUUAGAGUUACAGUAUAUUAUUGACAUUUUAUAAAGAGCUACAAUCAUAAUCUGUCGUUAACCAAAAGUGCUAACAAACCCAAAACAACGACUUUCUUUGAUGCAACUUCAAAAUCUAAAAAGUGUUUUCCGUCCCGUUUCGUGUGAUUUUGUUUUUGUGUUGCUUGCGUCUGAAAAUAAGCUUAAUUUAAAACAACAUUUGAUCAGAUUGGAGUUGAAUAUUUGUUUAUAGUAGUCGGUUGUACAGCUCUGUGUUCCUCCAUCACACAUUCAUCUCCUCCAUCUUCAGGUUCUUUCAUUUCCUAAAUUUAAGAUCUCUUCAUGAUAUUUGUAAAAGUGUUCCUCUCUGCUUCUUCCCCCUCUUCUCUCAUCCCUCUUUCUCCAUUUAAAAAAUGACUUUGCUUCCUUUUGUGAAUGUGAUCAACAAAGACGAAAACACGAGUUAAUCUUAGUGUGUUCUCUUAAUGUUCAAAUCUCUCUCGAAGUAUGUGCAUACCUGAAAACAGAAAUAUGUAAACAUCGUACCGAUCUCUGUGUGGAAAUGGUUCCUGCGUUAAUGUUAAUCUUUACACUCUGUAAGCACAUGAAUACUCGGAGAGGAACACGCUCACACGCUCUGAUGGCUGCCGGAGACGAGACACUCAAACAACAAAUGUUCAAACGCUUUCACGCGGAAAGAAUAACCUGACAAGUGAAAUAAAUCUGUGGAGGCACAUUUACACCUGAGUGACUAAAGGAUUCAAAAGUUCAAGAGCCAGCCAGAGUUUUUAUUCUUCUUUCAAUAAAACAUCCACAGCAGCAAGUGAAUAGACAGUUAACUUUUCCUAAAAACAAAUCUGCCAUCUAAAUCUAUAAUCUACAAACAUGUAUUGCACAUUUUACAGGUGAAAUCUCCCUUUUAUGAUUAUGAGUCAACGUUCACAUUUAUGCAAACAGAUGUAGUUUGUUUUACAACUCCAGGAAGACUUUAUACGUAUUAUUAUAUUAUUAUUAUAUUAUUAUUAUAUUUAAGAAUUUUGUAUUUUCUGGACGUAAAACAUCGUAAAAAAACAUCCCAAAUUUGGUUCUUGAAUUUUGAAAUCCCCCCGCCUCUGAAGGAGGUCAGUAAGACACUUUCUCUGCUCUGGUGACGAACUUCACUCAUUCACAGAGUUCAGACAGUGAAGAGCAAUCGAACUUUGUUGUUGGUUUGUAUUUGUAUUUCUGUCAGCCUCGGCUAAAGGAAACACUUUGCUGUUGGUAAUUGUUCUUUUUGUGGACGUGAAAUCAGCUUCAUAUUAUAAAAACAAAAACUGCAGCGCUUACACUCAUCAUAGUCGGCUGUGAUCAAACCAAUACUUUUCAUUCUCACCUAUAAGCUCAAAGCUUAGCUCAGAGCGUCGCUGCUAAAUAAGACAGCAAAAGAUCAAAUGCUGCGAGUCGUACUUUGCCCAGUUUGGUUACGAGUUGUAGGUUGAGUUAUGUGGUGUGCUGAUAGGAGAACAUAGCACUGAUCAGUUUAGCAUUUUGAACACAAACUCUUGCUCUGUUAGCGCUUAUGUCAGGUGUUUGUUAGCCCGGUUAAAUCAGCUUAUUAAGGGCCAACUUGCAGCUGAAAGAAAAGGAGAAUAGCUAAAGCUGCCUUUCUUGGAAAAACUGAAAUUCUGUAAAGUAGCUUUCCAGGCGUGAACAUUUUCUUAAAUGUGACGUAAUUUCCCAUAAAACUACAAUCUGUCCUGCAACAAACUUCAUUUAAGUAGGACUUUACAAUUGACCAACGUGUACCUUCAAAUUCCGGCUUUGUUCACGAGACUGUUAAAAUUGUACGAAACACAUUUUAGAAUUCUUCUAAAGUUUACAGUUAAAUAGGAAAACUAACUGUUAUGAAACCAAAAUAAAUCCAGAUUUCUACAUUUGAAGUCUGAAAGAAUCUGAGUUAUUGAAACAAUCCUUAAAAUGUUCUGCAAGACAAUUUCUUGAAAAUGUGUGAAUUUUAAAAUCAUGUUAACACAAUAUACAGACGACUCACAGCUUUACCUUUCCAAAUUCAUGACGUAUCUUCUUUCCCCACUCUGAACAAAAGAGCCUGAUGAACUAACUUACCUUCACAGGUUGUAGUGUUUCAUAAUUCCACAGACAGGAAAAUGUUCUGCUACAAAUGUUGCAGCACGCUGUUCAAUGCUAAAGCUCCCCAGAGUUGGGAUGUGCUUCAUCCUGUAGGUGAACAUAGACAUCAGUGGACCACAGUGAGGGUGAGGUUUGUCUUUGUACAGUAAACGUACAGUACAGUCAAUAUGUCCCAGUGAAGCCUCUGUUGGUACGAACACAGUGUUCUUACUGCUGUGUAAAUGGCCACUAAGUGUCACGAGUGGUUAAUCAUUUCAAGACAAACAUAAUGUUACAUAAGCUUUCUUCAUUAUUACAUAUACGAAUGUCACGAGAACCGAUACUUUUGGUACCAAGUCGAUGCCAAAAUUCUGAAAAGAAGACGGUACUUGUUUUUCUACAGUACCCGGUCGUACCGUCAGGGCGUGAGACUAACGGCGUCCCGUCACUAUCAACCUAUUUUCUCCCUGAUGAUGCUACAUUGUGAGCAACAAAUCUGUUUGGAAAUCGGCAGGAGGAGAGCUAGCUAACAUUAGCUGUUAGCUCUUAGCUAUUAGCUGUUAGCUGUUAGCUGUUAGCUGUUAGCUGUUAGCAGCCGGUGGAGCGAGGUUCCAUAGAGUUGCACGAUGGUGCAUUCAAGCUCUAUUCAGUAAAAAUGAAUAUUGGGCAAGAGUAAUCACAGCAAUGUUUAACUUCCUGCCUAAAACCAGUAUGCUCAGGAUUUAUUGGUUUGUUUUGUACCGUGGUAUCGAAGUGGUAUCAAGAAUCGUGGAACUUCACUGGUAUUGGUAUCGUGACAUUCCUAAUGACAUAUUCUCAGUUUGAUUUGCUAUAUUUAAAGGACUUUAAAGGAGAUUUGAGUGUUAUUUCCAGGCAGUCUUUGAUGAAAAGAAAACUUUGUAUCUUCAAAAUGAAGUCAUGUUUAUAUUAUUUGUGAUUUGUAGUUGACGGGUUAAAACAUUCAGAAUCGGUUUUGUCCUCUAAAUCCUCUAUAAUCGAUAAGUGUACGUGUCUGAGAAUAUAAUGUUAAAGUCCUUCUCAUAGAAACUAACUCAGCUGGUUGUUUUAACAAUAAUACGUCUUAAGAAUAUACAGUAUAUAGCCUAUAUUUUGAUAACUUCACUAAGUGUACUUUUUUGUUCUCUGGUUUUGUAGUGUGUGUGUUGCUUUGUGCUCGGUUACAGUCCAUGUGUGAGUAACUCCUGUUUUUAAGAGUGUGUGAAGCCGACGGACGUCAAAGGGGAAACGGGAGAACGAGCGUUGGACGUCCUCAUCCUGACAGAAAGUCACUGCAUGCUCUCUCUCUCUGUAACUCUCAGUAUUUUCUCAUUUGGGUUUUUCAAUGUGUAUCUUCUUCUCAUCAGCAUGGAAAUGCUUCUAAUAAUGACACUCUAUGAAUAUAAUAAAGACUUUGGUGUUGUUUUUCUA